AUGUCCACUGCUAUUAUCCCUUCUGCAUCAGCUAAAUUCGAUCUUCAAUACAAGGGCAUUCCUGUUAUCUACUGUCAGUCUGUCAUCAUGUCAGCGCCUGAAAAAAAAAACGUCACCUCGGCUGAGAAAGGCAGUCAGCUUCCAAAGGACGGUGACAAAGAAGUCAUCCAGGUGGAUAAAGACCAACAAGAGGCAGAUGUACUCGAGCAGCUGUUAAGGAAAAUACGGCGGGACGUUCAGCAAGCUGAAUUUCUGUCCGCCCUAGGUCUCAAGGACAUGUCUGAUGCCCUGACGAGAAAGAUCGGUGAUAACAUAGAAUAUAUCAAAAAGAAGGAACCGGGGCUAGUGGCUCGAGGGGUCCUCCCACCAGCCGAGGAGGUUGAGGCUGAGUACCAACUUCAACGCAGCCAAAAGAAGCUCCGUGAGAGUGAGAGUGGUAAUGUUAGCGGCAGCGGUCGCUGA